GAUCUGUGGUUUCUUCUAAAAUGUGCUGAAACAAGCCCUUUCUGUUCCCUCUAGAUUGGUAUGAGAACUCCAUCACUCUGCCAGUGUGUGCUGAGGUCUACAGAGUACUGGUAUCACUAGGGGCUGGCCACAGGGAGAUGAGCAGGGCAGACAAGACCCUGGCUUAGAGAACACUGAGUGAGGGAGUAUAGACAGGCUGCUUUGAGUAGGGAAAGGCCUUUGCAAUUGAUGGUGAUUGAUGUAGUGGUGGUGAGGCCCCAGUUAUUUGUGUGACAUAGAAGAAAAAGGCUAGGUGCUGUCUUGUCUUUUUUUCGUUUGUUUUUGGCCUUGCAUAAGAAGGCAGACCUGUCUUCAGGCCAGUGUUCGGCAUAUCAACAAGCAGAGGAGUUUAGCUCUGGAAUAUUCCCCAGGGUCACAAAAACUCGCAGCUGAACUGGACCCUAGGUUAUUGGCCUCAGUAUUACCCUGUACUUGAGUUUAACUCAUUAUUUUGUUGCUAGGCUCAAUGUUUCCAAUGCCUGGUUUUUAUUUUCCGUUGCUUAGUAAAUGACAAUGACAUAUGGCCCUAAGUUAAAUUGUUGGAAACCUAUUUUGUUUUCUUUUCACUAAGGAGUUUUCUUUCUCUACAUCAGUGGACUAGGGAUGGGAAAACCCACUGUCAUCUUUGUAGCUGUGAUCUGUUGUCCACCUGCUAGGAUGUAAACACGAUGCAUGUGGUGAAUUACUUUCUGUGCCAAUAAAGCCUGUGUUUUGGAAAAAUGUUGGACUCUCUGUAUCCAAAACAUUGUUUUGAAUCAAGUCAUCUAAAAUAUGCAGAUUAAGAAUAGGAAGUGAUAUCCUGAAUAGCAUCAUCAAAAUUCCAGGAAGGGACAGGCUGCAAAACACAAGAUGUGGUGAGUCUAUAAUUAGGCAACAAUACUGCUUGGUUUGAUUGAGCACCUCCUUGGGCUUAGCUCUGGCACUGGUCAGCCCAGAGGAGCUCACUUUAGAAGAUGACCCAGAAGGCAGUGCUAGCUGUCUGAAAAACUAAGACAGCCAUCUCUUUACUUACUCUGUUGUGUUCCUUAUGGAAUAGGGGGAUAUAUUUUGGGCAGAGAGCCAAACAAAAGAAGAGAAGGGAGCACAGGCCGUGACAUUGUGUUCAGUUUCUUCUCAGUUCUGAAACGACUCUUACAUAUUUUUUUAGAAGUUUUUUUCUGUCUUAUUUGAUAAAGUUUCCAAAACAGUACCAAGGCACCAAGUCUUAGCCAAGAACACAAGUGAGACGUAUGGCCCAGGAACUGGCAGGCUGGUGUGAGAGUUAACUCCCUCUGCCGAGGCAGUGAGCUGCUGAGCGGGCUCUUCAUGGCUCUAGAAGCAUUGUCUCAUGACUAUGGAGGCACCUUUGUCCUUUCUGUGAGGAGCAAUGCUGACCUCAGUUUCCUGGACCCGUUCAGACUCAGGAGCCUUCACAUAAAUGGGUCCAGUCAUGCCUGCCAGUAAGAAGCCCGAAAGCUCAGGAAUCAGUGUGUCCAGUGGACUGAGUCAGUGUUACCGGGGCAGCGGAUUCUCCAAGGCCCUUCAGGAAGACGAUGACCUCGACUUUUCUCUGCCUGACAUCAGAUUAGAAGAGGGGACCAUGGAAGACGAAGAGCUGACCAACCUGAACUGGCUGCACGAGAGCAAGAACUUGCUGAAGAGCUUUGGGGAGUCGGUCCUCAGGAGUGUCAGCCCCGUCCAGGACCUGGAUGAUGACACCCCUCCAUCCCCUGCCCACUCUGACAUGCCGUACGAUGCCAGGCAGAACCCCAACUGCAAACCCCCCUACUCCUUUAGCUGCCUCAUAUUUAUGGCCAUCGAGGACUCUCCAACCAAGCGCCUGCCAGUGAAGGAUAUCUACAACUGGAUCUUGGAACAUUUCCCGUAUUUUGCGAAUGCCCCUACUGGGUGGAAAAACUCAGUGAGACAUAAUUUGUCAUUGAAUAAGUGUUUUAAGAAAGUGGAUAAAGAGAGGAGUCAGAGUAUUGGGAAAGGGUCGUUGUGGUGCAUAGACCCAGAGUACAGACAAAAUCUAAUUCAGGCUUUGAAAAAGACACCUUACCACCCACCUCCCACUCCUCAGGCAUAUCAAAGCACAUCUGGUCCACCCAUCUGGCCGGGCAGUACCUUCUUCAAGAGAAACGGAGCCCUUCUGCAAGAUCCUGACAUUGAUGCUGCCAGUGCCAUGAUGCUUUUGAAUACUCCCCCUGAGAUACAAGCAGGUUUUCCUCCGGGAGUGAUCCAGAAUGGAGCGAGGGUUCUGAGCCGAGGGCUGUUUCCUGGCGUCCGACCGUUGCCAAUCACUCCCAUUGGGAUGACGGCAGCCAUGAGGAACGGCCUCACCAGCUGCCGGAUGCGGACUGAGAGCGAGCCGUGUGGCUCCCCAGUGGUCAGCGGGGACCCCAAGGAGGAUCACAACUAUAGUAGUGCCAAGUCCUCCAACGCUCGGAGCACCUCACCUGCCAGCGACUCCAUCUCCUCCUCCUCUUCCUCCUCCUCGGCUGACGACCAUUACGAGUUUGCCACCAAGGGGAAUCAGGAGGGCAGUGAGGGCAGCGAAGGGAGCUUCCAGAGCCAUGAGAGCCACAGCGAGACAGAGGAUGACGACAGGAAACCCAGCCAGAAGGAAGCCAAGGACGCCCUGGGGGACAGCGGGUACGCAUCCCAGCACAAGAAGCGCCAGCACUUCGCCAAGGCCAGGAAGGUCCCCAGCGACACACUGCCCCUCAAAAAGAGACGCACAGAAAAGCCCCCUGAGAGCGACGAUGAGGAGAUGAAAGAGGCAGCCGGGUCGCUCCUGCACUUGGCAGGGAUUCGGUCCUGUUUGAAUAACAUCACCAAUCGGACGGCAAAGGGGCAGAAAGAGCAAAAGGAAACCACAAAAAAUUGAAAACAAGUCACCGAUUUGUUUUGAACUUAUGGCCAUUUGGUUUCAGCAUGUCAGGAGAUUUCUAAUGAUUUGUGGCAAUAUCAGCUAUAUUUUUUUUCCUUUUGGUUUGGUUUUCUUUCUUUUCUUUACUUUUUUUUUAAUUUGCCCCCUCUUCUUUGUUUUGGACCCUUAAGAAUUUUAUUUUUAAAGGAGAUUGAAGCCAUAGAACUCAUAUUGACACUCAGCUGUUUUACAAAAGCUUUUCAUUAUCUGAAGACAAAAAAACCGAAAAAGCCAAAAUUAAUAUUGCUUCCUGCAGCCUGUCAGAAACAUGGCUGAAUCCACAGGGUUGUCACCGUUAACACCACGGGAGUCCACGUGUGGCACUUAUAGUCAUGCGUGCAGAGUAAUCAUCAUUCAGGCCCCCAACCCUUAGGUUUAAAAAGUCAGGGUGCCCCUCCAGGUGCGUGCAGAGUGAAGGCACAAAGCAAUGGGAGAAAAGGAAGAGCCCCACGUCCCCCAAGAUGCAGGACCCACACUGGUGGCACCCAACAUCCUGUUGUGCCAGGAAUGGCCUCAGCAUUGCCCUGCAGUAAGCACAGGGGUCAGCCACCAGUCCUCUGUGUUUCUUAACCUACAGCCUGGUAACGUCUCACGAGUUGAGCAUUGGACUGUUCAGAUACAUGAGGUGUCAGUAACUAAGGAGAAACGGGGUACAUUUUUAGAGCUCUUGUGAAUCACUGAAUUCUGUUCUAUAUUAAAUUAAGAAAAUGUUCCAAAAGCCAUAAGCCUGAAGGGUGGCCCUGCACACGUGCAUGUGCACACACAUGUGAGCACACACAUACUCACAAGAAGUAGACUAAGAGAAAACAGGCCAUGUCUUCUUCACUGCCCAAGUGAAAAGCAACCAGGUUCAAGAAAUGACAAUAGCUGUUAAGGAAGGAAAUAAUGGUAGAGAUUCUAUUUCUAUCAAAACUAUUUGAUCCAAGUUUAAAAAAAAAAAAGUGCUACAGAGCCUGCCAUUAGUAUUAUGGUAUAUUUUUUAAAGAUUAAAGGCACAUUGAUGGACACACACAACAAAAGUCAAACAUGGCAAACAAUAAAAUAUUAACUCCUAUACUGUCUCAAAAGGAGUUUGCAAUUAAUGUCAGGACUCACCAUGUCAAAAAUCAGUAAUUUCCACACUCAGCCAGUGUAGCCAGCAGAAAUUUCUGAUCCACAAUGCAUGGGUUCCUUUGAAGAAAAAAAAAAAAAAAAG